CUCAUUCGCAUCGUUUUGCUUCUCUCUCUCUCUCUCUCUACAAUUCUUGCAGGGAAGAUCGAAGGUGAGAAUGCCAGGACUAAGAGCCCCUUGCGAUUACUCGAAAGAACCACCUCGUCGUCCAAUCCUGCUAAUCAAUUCCAAGGAACCUUUCAAUGCUGAGCCACCUCGUUCGGCCUUGAUUUCCUCUUACGUAACUCCGGUGGACUUCUUCUACAAGCGAAACCAUGGUCCAGUCCCCAUUGUUGAUGACAUUGAAAGCUACAGAGUAUGUCUAGGUGGUCUAGUGGAAAAGCCCAUAGAACUCUCUAUGGCUGAUAUCAAGAAGCUACCAAAAUACAAUGUGACAGCCACCUUGCAAUGUGCAGGUAAUAGAAGGACUGCAAUGAGCAAAGUAAGAGCAGUGAAAGGUGUUGGCUGGGAUAUCUCUGCCAUUGGAAAUGCCAUUUGGGGUGGAGCCAAACUCGCUGAUGUUCUUGAACUUGUGGGAAUACCUAAAUUGACGAAAACCACUCCUUUGGGUGGAAAGCACGUAGAAUUUGUAAGCGUUGAUAUGUGCAAGGAGUAGAAAGGAGGUCCAUAUAAGGCAUCAAUUCCAUAAAUUCUGAAGCUGAUGUUCUACUUGCAUGUUAGGAUCAAAGACACCCAGAAAAUUAUCUCACACACACAGAGAACACAAUAUUUACGUGGUUCGGCCCAAUGCCUACAUCCACGGACAGAAAUGAGAAUUUUUCACUAAAAUGGUGCAAAAUACAAAAUACAGAGGAGGAGAUGAAACUCACUCAACUCACAGCUCUCACUCUCUAAUUUCUGAUGAUCUCCAAACCCUCCCCUCAGCCUUCAUUUAUACACUAACAGAAUGGUGGAUGGAGGGGCUGGCCAGCACAUGGCCAACUUGUACCAACUCUCUUGUGUGUUGGCUUCACAUGGCCAAAGGUUUCCUAACAUGGCCAGCUCUUGUGUUGGCUUUGCACAUUGCCAACUCCUUCUUCACAUGGAGAAUCAUCCCUCACAUGGGUGAUGAUAUCCCACAAAUCACUCCCUCAGCCCAUGUGAGGUGAUCCACAACAAAACCUGCUGCCAAGGUAUCAAG